AUGCGCUGCUCUUUGUUUCUGAGAUUACAUUACGAAUCCUACUUCUGGACCACCCUCCCCACAAACUACCCGCCCAAGCAAAUCCGCCCUCUACCCACAACCUCCCCCCUCAAGUUCCCCAAAAUCCAAGCCGCCUCGCCGUCCGAAUUACCAGAAGCCCUCAAGACGCGCCUCCAGCGUCAAACGGCCGUCAAAGACGUCUUCUCCAAGUGCUGGGCCUCGUAUAAACGCCACGCAUGGAAAGCAGACGAACUCGCCCCCGUCUCAGGCGGGCAGAAGAACCCCUUUGGCGGCUGGGCCGCCACCCUCGUCGACUCCCUCGACACGCUCUACCUCAUGGACAUGAAGCCCGAGUUUGACGAGGCCGUCGCCGCCGCAGCCUCCAUCGACUUCACCAAGACGGACCUGGACGAGGUCAACGUCUUCGAGACGACGAUCCGCUACCUCGGCGGCUUCCUCUCCGCGUACGACCUCAGCGCCGACGCACGGCUGCUCUCCAAAGCCGUCGAGGUCGGCGAGAUGCUCUACCACGCCUUCGACACGCCCAACCGCAUGCCCAUCACCCGCUGGGCCAUCCACGCCGCCAUGGCCGGCAAGAAGCAGGUCGCCCCGGCAGGCCUCCUCGUCGCGGAGAUUGGCAGCCUGUCCAUGGAGUUCACCCGCCUGUCCAUGCUGACGCGCGACCCCAAGUGGUUCGACGCCGUGCAGCGCAUCACCGAGGGCAUGGCCGCGCAGCAAAACGCCACCGCCCUCCCGGGCCUCUGGCCCCUCGUCGUCAGCGCCCAGGACGAAAUCUACAGCGUCGGCGACACCUUCACCCUCGGCGCCAUGGCCGACAGCGUAUACGAGUACCUCCCCAAGAUGUCCGCCCUCACAGGCGGCCAGCUGCCCGUCUACCGCGAGAUGUACGAGGCCGCCAUGGCCACCGCCCUCAAGCACAACCUCUUCCGCCCCAUGACGCCCUCCAACCAGGACAUCCUCGUCGCCGGCACCGUCAAGGCCGACGGGGGCGUCAAGACCACGCUCGAGCCCCAGGGCCAGCACCUCGUCUGCUUCCUCGGCGGCCUGCUCACCCUCGGCGGGAAGCUCUUCGGCAGACAGCAAGACCUCGAUGCCGCGCGCAGGCUCGUCGACGGCUGCGUAUGGACCUACAAGGCCCUCCCGCGCGGCAUCAUGCCCGAGACCUUCUUCAUGCUGCCCUGUCCCUCGUCAACCUGCGCCUGGGACGAAGCCUCCUGGAAGAGGGGCGUCCUCGCCCGCGCCGCAAAGGACGCGGCGGACAAGGCAUCCGACGACGACGACGCAGACGCCAUCAUCUCACGCGACCGCCUCCCCAAGGGCUUCACCUCCAUCCCCGACAGACGCUACAUCCUGCGCCCCGAAGCCAUCGAAAGCGUCUUCGUCUCCUACCGCGCCACGGCCGAGCCGUCCCUCAUGGAGUCCGCGUGGGACAUGUUCACGGCCAUCAACGCCACGACGAGCACCCGGCUGGCCAACUCGGCCGUCUGGGACGUCACCCGCCCGAUGGGCGAGGAUCCCGGCAUGGCGGACUCGAUGGAGUCGUUUUGGAUGGGCGAGACUCUCAAGUACUUUUAUCUCGUGUUUGCGGCGUGGGACGACGUCAGUCUGGAUGAGUGGGUGUUCAACACCGAGGCACAUCCUUUUAGGCGGCUUUUGCCAUGA